GCUGGUCGCCGGGCUCUCAUUCUGCGGACGGAAGGGGAAGAGAGAGGCAGCGCAGUGCUGGGCAGAGCUGGGAUCGCGCUGGAUGGGACUGGCCGCUCUGUGUUUUCAGCUCGUUUCUCUUUCUCCUUCCUUAGUGAUCGCAGGGAUCUCGGCUGACCAUGGAUCUUGUACAGAGGGGUGAUGUUGUGGGGGUUGUGGUUCUGAGGGUGUGAUCUGAUCGUCCUGUGUGUCCCCUGUGCCAGGAAUCGCGGUGACAUCCGUCCAGGUGACAUAGAGGUAUAUAGAGGGAUCCUGAUCGCCGCUCCUCGUCCCCGGAUUGGCUCUCUGUUCUGUGGAUUGGAUCCCAUUGCUGAAACAUGGAGGCUGUGAUAGAGAAGGAGUGCAGUGCCCUGGGGGGGCUCUUCCAGACCAUCAUCAGUGAUAUGAAGGCAAGUUAUCCCGUGUGGGAAGAUUUCAUCAACAAAGCAGGAAAAUUGCAGUCUCAGCUCCGGACUACUGUGGUGGCAGCUGCUGCCUUCCUGGACGCCUUCCAGAAAGUGGCUGACAUGGCAACCAACACUCGGGGGGGGACAAGAGAAGUUGGUUCCGCUUUGACCCGGAUGUGUAUGAGACAUCGCAGCAUAGAGUCCAAACUGAGGCAGUUUUCCAGCGCUCUGAUCGACUGUCUGAUCAAUCCACUGCAAGAGCAAGUUGAAGAAUGGAAGAAGGUUGCUAAUCAGCUCGACAAGGAUCAUGCUAAAGGUAGCAAUCACUGGAGAUCAAUAAAAGAAUACAAAAAGGCCCGUCAAGAAAUCAAGAAAAAGUCAUCAGACACUCUUAAACUUCAGAAAAAGGCCAAGAAAGGGAGAGGAGACAUUCAGCCCCAGCUGGACAGCGCCUUGCAGGAUGUCAAUGAUAAAUACUUAUUGCUGGAAGAAACGGAGAAGCAGGCGGUGAGGAAAGCCCUGAUCGAAGAACGCAGCCGCUUCUGCUCCUUUAUCUCCAUGCUGCGGCCUGUCAUCGAAGAGGAAAUCUCCAUGCUGGGGGAGAUCACCCAUUUACAGACAAUAUCUGAAGACCUGAAGACUCUCACCAUGGAUCCCCACAAACUUCCUUCUGCCAGUGAGCAGGUGAUCCAUGAUUUGAAGGGCUCAGACUAUAACUGGUCUUAUCAGACCCCUCCAUCUUCUCCCAGUACCACCAUGUCUCGCAAGUCCAGCGUCUGCAGCAGUCUGAACAGCGUUAACAGUAGUGAUUCGAGGUCGAGCGGCUCGCACUCACACUCACCCACUUCACACUAUCGCUAUCGCAGCUCCAACCUGCCCCAGCAGGCGCCGAUGAGGCUGUCCAGUGUCUCCUCCCACGAUUCUGGCUUCAUUUCCCAAGAUGCUUUUCAGUCAAAGUCUCCAUCACCUAUGCCACCAGAAGCUGUCAACCAGAAUUCAUCCAGCUCUGCCUCCUCUGAAGCGUCUGAGACCUGCCAGUCGGUCAGUGAGUGUAGUUCUCCCACGUCUGUGAGCUCCGGGUCCACCAUGGGAGCGUGGGCCUCCACUGACAAGCUGUCUAAUGGGUAUCCUCACUAUGGCGAACUGCCUAUGGCAGGCCAAUUCACCCAUUUCCCGCUCCCAGUGUCCCGCCCCUGGAACCGAUCUAAUUCCGCUCUUCCAGACUAUCACUAUUACACCAUUGGUCCAGGCACAGUGCCAUCAUCCAAGAUCCCUUCCUGGAAGGACUGGGCUAAGCCAGGUCCAUACGACCAGCCUGUGAUGAACACGCUUCAGAGACGCAAACGUGAAGUUGACCCUUCUUCAGGAGCCCAGUUCAUGCAUCCCGGACUAAUUAAUGAGGCUCAUUCACCCCGCAGUACAAGAAUGCUCGUGGCAUCAAGGCAAGGGGAAGAAGCAGAAAACUGUGACGAUCUGGCUCUUGCCCUGAGCAGAGGACUGCAGCUGGAUACACAGAGGAGCAGUCGGGAUUCCCUGCAGUGCUCCAGUGGAUACAGCACACAAACCACCACCCCGUGCUGUUCAGAAGACACCAUCCCAUCACAAGUUUCAGAUUAUGAUUACUUCUCGGUGAGUGGAGAUCAAGAGCAAGAGCAACAGGAUUUCGACAAGUCCUCUACCAUCCCGAGAAACAGCGACAUUAGUCAGUCAUACCGCAGGAUGUUUCAAUCCAAGCGCCCUGCGUCCACUGCAGGAUUGCCAGCCAACUUUGCGCCUGUCAUGGUCACUCCUGGUGUGGCCACCAUCCGGAGAACACCGUCCACCAAGCCGUCAGUGAGACGCGGCAACAUUGGAGGAGGUCCCAUUCCAAUAAAGACACCAGUUAUUCCGGUCAAAACCCCAACUGUCCCAGACCUUCCAGGUGGGCUUCCCAGCAGCACCAGUGAGGAGUCACCUGAGCAGAGCCCCGACUCGCCAUCCAUCACAGAAGGAGGCGUGCUGGGCGGUGACAUACCCGCAUCUUUAUGGAGCGGACAAGCUUCUGUAAACCCCCCUCUCACGGGAACCCCUGGCGUUAUUGCUGAAGAGCAAAGGCCAGGUCGGUCAGAAAUUGAAGACGAAGAAGAUGAACAGGAUGGUCCUGUCAUUCCUGAACCCACAGGCCAACCAUACCCAGAGACCGCAGAUACUGCUUUGACAGAUGAACCGCAGGGAGAAGAUAUGCUCAACGCAAUUCGCCGUGGGGUCAAACUGAAGAGGACCACCACAAAUGAUCGCUCGGCUCCUCGAAUCUCCUAGAGAAAUAAAAAAAAAAAAAAACAGGGAGUGUCUUCCGAGCCGGGUACAAGGAACUGCACCCUGACACUUGUCUUUAAUCCAUUCCAAUCUACGAUGGGAGGAUUUUGUAGGAGCAUACACAGGGUUGACAAACUCUUCAAGAAACAAAUACUACAAUAGUUCCAAAAACAGCAGCGUAGAAAAGACAACCUUAGAAUCUGUUGGUGUUCCAAUUGUAAAUAGUGAUUUUACUUCUGCACAUAGUUAAUCCCUUUUAUGUUCUUUUCCUGCUUUUCAUUUCACCAAUUCAUUUUUAUUUCCAUAAAGUGCCAAAACCCAUAUUUUAGUUUGAAAGAAACCCUUGUAAAUUUUAAAAGCUUUGGACAGGACAAAACAAACAAACAAAAAAUAAAGCAAGAAUAAGAAAGUGUUCCUACGGAGAAUGAAGGACUGGGGGUUGUCUUGCGCCCCCUCUUGCAUUCUGUUUUGGACUUGUACAGAUGGACAACGGAUGACCCGUCUGCUUGGCAAGGAGCGGGUGCAGUUCAAUGGAACAGCCAUGGGGCUACUUAAUAUGAGGUGUAGACCACCUUUGCAUCAGAGCAACCUAACUUUUCCUAUACAAACACUGCGGCUAAGGACUUUUUUUAUUAUGAUUUUAAAUUCUUUUGUUUUUUUUUGUUUUUUUAAUGCUGAUGAUAUAAAUUAUUAACAAUUAUGAGCAAUAUAUAAAUUGAAAAAAAAAAGUUUUAGCAUGCAACGGGGGAUUUAGUGAUGAAGACUACCAUUGUGACCCAUGCUGUCACUCACACUGUAAUCUAGACAUUACUGCUUGCAUCUACCAUGCUGAUACAGUCCAAAUAAUCUAUACAGUAGUACAGUUUCCCGAUUUUUUAUUUUAUUUUUUUCAAAUGCUAUUAAAUCUCAUACUUUCAGUUGUA